GAGGGGAGACAACACGCAACCGACUUCCUGUUUCAAGGACACUCUCCACGACCCGAGGACGCAAAACCCGAACCAAGGCGAAGACAAGAAGAAGAAGGAAUGGCUCUCACCCGUCAACUGCUCUCCCUCGGCUCGGCCCUCCGCCACACCAGUCGACUCGCAUGCUACACGCUCUCCUCCCAACCGACCAGGACCUACGCAGAGAUGGCUUUCACCUUCGCCAGCCCAGGCGACGUAUUCUACAACAAAGCCAAGGUGAACCAGGUCGAUGUCCCCUCCAUGAGCGGUUCAUUCGGUAUCUUGCCUGACCACGUACCAACAUUAGGAGUUCUGAAACCAGGCGUCGUCACAGUCUUCGAAGAUGAUGGUGCCAAGAGGUUUUUCGUCAGCAGUGGUUCCAUCACAAUCAACGAUGACUCCUCCGUACAGAUCCUUGCUGAAGAAGCUCAUCCAGUAGAGUCUCUUGAUGCUUCUGCAAUCCGUGAUGGCCUCGCCAAGGCACAGCAAGACAUGAGUGCCGCCGGCACAGAAGCAGCAAAGGCCGAAGCACAGAUCGCUCUAGAAUGUUAUGAAGCCCUACAGAAAGCGCUAGAAUAAAUAGACGUGUUGUUGGUAGCCCUUAAAACCACUUGUCUUUGAUUCCCACUGCUUCCGGUUUUGUUGUGGAGAGGAGAGGGAUUGUAUGAAACGGAGCAGGGGGAGAUAACUCUGUAGUUUGUUAUCUUCAACUAAAAAAAAA